AUGGCUGAAAAGAAGCAGAUGCAUUUGACCGCUUUCAUGCGGCCCGUCUCAUUGCACACGGGCGCAUGGCGAUACCCAGGCUCGUACGCAGAUGCCAACUUCAAUUUCGCGCAUCUUACCAGCUUCAUCCAGAAGCUCGAGCAGGCCAAGUUCGACGCCUUCUUCAUGGCGGACCACUUGGCUGUACUCAACAUGCCAGUCGAGGCUCUGAAACGGAGUCAAACGGUGACGUCUUUCGAGCCUUUUACGCUGCUUUCCGCGCUUUCCGUCGUCACGGAGAGAAUCGGUCUCGCUGCCACGGCUAGCACCACGUAUGACGAGGCAUACCACAUUGCGCGACGAUUCGCCUCUCUGGACCAUUUGAGCAAUGGACGCGCGGGCUGGAAUAUCGUGACGACGGGUAACCCGGAAUCCGCGAAGAACUUCAACCUGGACGAGCACGUGGAGCAUAGCGAGCGCUACAAGCGGGCACGCGAAUUCUACGAUGUGGUGACGGGUCUCUGGGAUAGCUUUGCGGACGAUGCGUUCAUUCGAGAUCAGGAGAGCGGGAUUUUCAUGGACCCUGACAAGAUGCAUGUACUGAACCAUCGAGGCAACGAGUUGAAAGUGCGCGGGCCGCUAAACGUGGCACGCCCUGUGCAAGGCUGGCCAGUCAUCGUUCAAGCUGGGCAGUCCGAACCAGGGAGGCAACUCGCCGCCGAAACCGCAGAAGCCGUCUUCUGCUCGCCGAAGAAUAUCCAAGGCGCAAAAGAGCUCUACGAAGAUAUCAAAAGCCGAGCUACUGCCGCGGGACGUAACCGCGACCAUUUGAAGAUCCUCCCAGCCGCGAUGAUCAUUGUCGGCGACAGUGUCGAGGACGCUCAACAGAAGCGGCUGAAGCUGGAUAGCCUGGUCCACUACGAUAGCGCAAUAGCUUCAUUGUCCAUCGCCUUAGGGACCGACGCAUCCGGCUUCGACCCGGACGGACCGCUCCCCACCGAACUGCUCGAAACGAACGCAAGCAAGACAGCACGAGAAUCGGUCCUGAAGCUUGCGGCAGAGGAGAAGUUGACGGUGCGCCAGCUCGCCCAAAGAUACGGCGGCUACGCGGGGCUCGCUUUUGUCGGCACGCCCGAGAGCAUUGCGGAUGAAAUGGAGACUUGGCUGAAGGAGGGAGCGUGCGAUGGGUAUACUUGCGUCUUCCCCUAUCUUCCGCAAGGCUUGAACGAUGUGGCGGAUCGUUUGGUGCCGGAGUUGCAGCGUCGUGGUCUUUUCCGGAAGGACUAUACGGGCACGACGUUGCGGGAGCAUUUGGGCUUGCCGCGGCCGGAGAAUCGCUUCUUCCCUUCGAAGCAGACGAAUGGAGGCGCUGCUUGA